UACAUGUACGUCUACGAACAAAAACAUAUUUAGUUGCUGUACUCCGGCUUUAUACAAACGUGGUUGUUAAUUAUCAACACUUCUGUUGAGCAACAUGUUGUGACUGUCAUGCAGUGAGUUUUGUCGAAUUUGUUUGGAGGUGUCUCUGUGUGCAUUUACUCAGGAAUCCUUUGAUUACGGGCCAAGAGGCAGGUUAGGGAUAACCCAUCAGCCCGCGCCCCACAAGGACUACACGCCAUGAGACGGAAAGCCUACGACUCCGUGCUAGCCUCCCUAGGCAGCAAUCAACACGACAUUCUAGACGAGGAUGAGGUUCGAUUCCUUCAAGCUGUUGAAUUCGGUGAUCUGCCUACCACUAGAGCCAUGCUCGACAGGCCAGAUAUCGUCGCCCGCCUGCUGAAAUGCACGGAUUAUAAAGACAGGACUAGCCUAGAGAUCGCUACUGAAAAUGAACACUUUGAUAUUGUGGAAUACUUGAUACGAGUAUGUGGUCGACAACUGCCACUACAUUGUAUCAAUGAAUCGUUGAUGCUAGCUAUAAGCAAGGGCUACCUGCGCAUUACACAGACUCUUCUUACUCAUCCAGUGUUUCAGAAGAGCAAGGAUAAGUUCCGCCUCGGCAGUUUGACAAACUACUUUCAGCCGAAAAGUAACUCUAAGUUCGACCAAGACAUCAGCCCUAUCAUGCUAGCUGCACACUGCAAUGAAAUCGAUAUCAUAAGGUUGUUGCUUCGACGAGGAGAUGCCGUGAAGAAACCACACCACUCACUCUGUGAGUGUACAUCUUGUCACAACAAACGACUGUAUGAUCCUUUGAAACAUACCCUGGCUGGUAUCCAUGCAUACCGUGCAUUAGCCAGCCCAGCCUAUAUAUCGCUUACCAGUCAAGAUCCUAUCCUCACUGCCUUUCUACUUAGCCAGGAACUUAUGCAACUAUCCAAAAUCGAAAAGGAGUUCAAGAAUGAGUACAGAGAUCUUGGCAAGCAAUGCAAAAAGUACGCAUCGGAUCUACUGGACAUGUGCCAAAAUUCGCAGGAAGUCCGUACCAUUCUCAACCAGAGGGGUAACACCAUGGAGGGCUUUGCUCCAGCCGACUCUGAAGAACAGAUAGAUGGUGACUUGGACCUGGAGACAGACACUAACGACAAUGAUUUGGCCAGAUUACGCCUUGCUAUCAAGUACUACCAGAAACAGUUCGUGGCCCAUCCUCAUUGUCAGCAUCAGCUAGCUACCAUGUGGUAUGAUGGCUUCCCUGGAUGGAGGCAGAGCGGAUUUCUCUACAAGAUUCUCUUGACUCUACUCAUUCCUCUGUGCUUACCAUUCCUCGCAGUCAUCUACUGGGUGGCACCUUAUUGCAAGCUGAGUCGGAUUGUCAGCACCCCUCUGGUCAAGUUUAUCACCCACACAGCCAGCUACCUUGUCUUUCUCAUCUUCAUCUUCCUAGAAUCCACGCUAGUAGAGACUUAUGAGAGUCCAGGAAACAUUCAGAAUUCUAGGAACUUCAGGACCAGUGUAAACCGCUCCAUAAAUGCCAGCCCAAACGGAUCCUGUGCGAAAAUCUUCAAUGCUUCAUUAAUUGCUGAUACAAAAAACAUAUUCCCUGUGCGUUUUUCCUCUUUCACGAUUUUUGAGUGGAUUAUCAUCUUGUUUGUCGUAGGCACAUUAUGGGCGGAGAUUAAGCAGAUAUGGGAGGAGGGAUAUCGCCGCUACUUAGCCUCGAUAUGGAACUGGUUGGAUAUUGCUAUGCUGAAUUUUUACAUGACGUCAUUUUCGCUGAAGUUUUGUAGUUACCACAAAUCAAGCAUCGCCAUUGGAUUUUUCGUGAAUGACCCCGAUGAUGCGUGUGAUCAAGUUAUCAUGGGGGACCCGGAGGCUGCACAAAUGAAUUACUUCGUUAGAGGAGAUCGCCACGUGUGGAAUGAUGACGAUCCUAUUUUAUUAGCUGAAGCUCUGUUUGCCAUUGCCAAUGUUCUGAGCUUCAGUCGUAUGUCCUACGUCCUGCCAGUCAGUGAAUUCCUAGGACCGUUGCAGAUAUCUCUAGGCCGCAUGCUGGGUGAUAUCGUAAGGUUUGGUGUUGUCUUUGGAGUAGUCUUUAUGGCUUUCUUCUGUUCCCUGUACAACUUGUACUGGUCUUAUGAACCUGAGCAGGACGAGGAUGGCUGUGCAGUUAAGAAGGCCGGCUUUGGAUUUGGCACGUUUGACCACACCUUCCUCACACUGUUUUGGGCAUUGUUUGGCCUGGCGCAACCCGAUGACCCCAAUAUCCCCAAUAGUCAAGCCUAUGGGCAGAAUGGACAUCGGUUGACAGCUUUCGUUGGGACUUUAUUGUUCAGUGUGUACUUCGUGGUCAUGGGUCUUGUCAUGCUCAACAUGCUGAUUGCAAUGAUGAGCAAUUCAUUCCAGGAAAUUGAGAGCGACCAAGACGUGGAGUGGAAAUUCGCCCGAUCACAGCUCUGGUUGUCAUACUUCGAGAGAGGAGCCACACUACCCAUCCCGUUCAACCUCAUACCUAGCCCCAAGAGUUUUCUCUAUGCGUACAGAUGGUUACGUCGGCAAGUCAAAAACUACAAGAAGAAGAAGGAACAGAACCAGAGUACGAGGACAACCAUGCCCAUGAGUGACCGGCGUAAUGGCGUAUUUAACAUCAUGAACCAAUCAGAGCUGAGACGCAGUGAGAGUAUACACGAGAGCACCAUGAAGGGUGUUGUCAGGAGGUAUCUCUUCAAGCUUCAACGUGAAAAGGAAAAUGACGAAGUCAAUGAAGGCGAACUUGAUGAAAUAAAGAAUGAUAUAUCCAGUCUUCGUUUUGAGUUGAUGGAGCAGCUCCGUAAAGACCCCAAGUCACCGGUCACUCCUGCCCCUGUCCAGCCAGCUGAUGUACACCUACAGGAAAAUGCCGUCAAAUCAAUGAGCUUUCACAUAGCAUGCGUCGAGAACAAAGUGGAGAAUCUGAUUGAGCAGAUGGAAUCAUUUCGGAAGGACCUACUAACGGCCGUGAGUGGCAAGCCGCCUGUACCAUCACGCAUCCAGUACAUUUGAAGACAGUAUUGUUCAUAAUGAUUCCACUUGGAACGUAAUUUGACUGAUCUGGAGCAAGAAUUCCCAAUCGUUCCAUUUCACCCCUCGAUCUGCCGACAGGAUUAACCUCAGCCAUAGUAUUCUGUCUAAUCCACAUGUAGAUCAAAUGCGAGGCUGUACUUGGAUUUUUGAGUAGCUUCUAUAGUUAUAGGUUUGAAACUAACUAUAUACAUGUACAGAAACUAUAUUCAUGUGACAUUAGAUUUCCUUGCAGCUGCAGGCGCUGAUUCUUCCUAUUUGAUCUGGAAAUCAGCGCCAGUCUAUAAACGUCGUGUAAAAUCGGCGAAAUCUCCACAAUGCCGCCUUAAACUUUAAUCAUAGAGUUACUGAUUUAUUUAAAGGGAAUGUACAUUUGCUUUUGCUGCAAUUUUCAGAAAUAUA